AUGGUGAAGGAAAAGGAGGGAAAGAAGGGAAAGAAAACCGAGACCAAAGACACCAAGCCGAAGGCUUCGCCAAAGUUGGCUCCAAAGGCAUCCCCCAAACUGUCACCCAAGGCCUCGCCCAAAUUGGCUCCAAAGGAUCCCAAGACCAAGACCAAAAAGCGGAAAGCAGAGGAGACGGAAGGUGCAAAACCCAAAAAGGAGAAGAAAACUACGGACCAAGAAGGCACUGAGAAAAAGGACGGUAGCCUUGGUGUUUGCAACGUCUCUGAUAUCAAAGAAAUAUCGGAUGCCAGCCAGAAGGCUUUGCUCAGCAAGAACAUCACCACGCUGUUUGAGAUCCAGCAAAAGGCUUUUGAGCCUUGCUUCACUGGCCUCGAUGUGGUGGGACGUGCCAAGACUGGCUGUGGAAAAACUCUCGCGUUCGUGUUGCCAGUGGUGGAGCGCAUGACUGCAAAAAACUUCAUCAAACAGUCUCGCAAAAAGGCCCCUUUGUGCGUGACGAUUGCCCCCACGAGGGAGCUUGCGCGUCAGAUCUUCAACGACUUUGAACUGCUGGGCAAAGCAUCGGGCUUGGCAGUGAAGUGUUUCUAUGGAGGCACACCCUUUGGUCCUCAGUGCGAAGAUCUUCGAAAUGGAGUUCACGUUUUGGUGUGCACCCCUGGGCGGCUUUUGGAUCAUGUGCGACGACAGAGUGCUGAUUUGUCGGCCUGCAAAACCUUGGUCCUGGAUGAGGCGGACGAGAUGCUCUCCAUGGGUUUUCAGGAGGAUAUCGAAGCCAUCAUGGACGAGUUGCCCACCGAAGGCUGUCAGAAACUCCUCUUCUCGGCCACGCUGCCGAAGUGGGUCAAUGCCAUUGUGGAGAGGUACCUGAAGAAACCCACCUGGAUUGAUGUGGCCCAAGAUCCAGAUGGCAAUAAGACCAACAGUUUGAUCACUCAUCAAUGUGUGUCCUGCCCUCCGGCUCUCAGGGGGGACUGCCUGGGUGACCUUUGCAAGAUACAUGCAGGUGCCUUUGGCAAGACCAUUGUAUUUGUGAACACCAAGAAGGACUGUGAUGAACUGGGAAACAAUGAGAAGCUGAAAGCAAUUGGUGCUGGAGUGCUUCACGGUGAUGUUCCCCAGCACGUUCGCGACAAGACCAUGGAGAACUUCCGCUCAGGCCGCAUUCGAUGUUUGGUCGCCACUGAUGUGGCGGCACGAGGCAUUGAUGUCCCUGCAGUUGACCUGGUGGUUCAAACAAGGCCUCCUCAAGACUUGGAAGCGUAUGUGCACAGAUCUGGCCGUACUGGCCGUGCUGGGCGCAAGGGCACCUCAGUUUGCUUCUAUUCCAGGUCCGAAGAAUACCUCCUACGGCUCAUUGAGCACAAGAAGGGCAUCAAAAUGCAGCGUGUUGGUCCACCUCAAGCCAAGGAUGUGGUGGCAGCAGCGGCUGAUGAUGCAGUACGUCAAAUUGACACAGUACAUCAGGAAAGUGUGGAGGCCUUUACCGUGAAAGCCAAGGAGCUGAUUGAGGAACGUGGUGCUGAAGUGGCUUUGGCAGCAUCCAUGGCUGCCUUGACUGGCCACUUCAGAGAGCUCAAGGGCCGCUCGUUGCUGUCAGCCUAUGAAGGCUACACAGCUUUGAUCUUGGAAUCAGAGCGCCCCAUUGAAAGCGACUCCAAGGGUUGGUACUUGCUACGCCAAAUGUUGUCACGGGAAGUCACGGAACACUGUCGGGGAUGCAAGCGGUGCAUGGAUGAACACAAGUGCAUCUUCGAUGCGCCAGAUCACAUGGUAAAGAAGAUCUUGCAGGCCGAGCUGUGGAAGGGCAACUCCAUCGUCGUGGCGCAGGAGUUGCCGGAGCUCCUGGAGCCGGAGACAGACCUCUACGAGGCCUCGCAGCGGCUGAAGGAAACGAAGCAACGUUUCUGGGAGAAGCGAAAAGGCGGAGGCCGUGGUGGUGAAAAAGGUGGGAAAGGAAAAGGAAAGGAUGGAGGAAUCUCGGCAAGGGGGGCAAAGGAAAGGGAGAUGGGCGCGGCCGUGGACGUGGACGUGGUCGCAGCUGAGUUGAAGGGCGCUGCCCUUGGCACCAUUUCUGUAAGCCGCAUGCGCGUCUCCCCUGUCGCACCGGUGAAUGGAUCACACAAGAAUGUGACGUCCGUCAACACGCAGGACAGCGACGAAGAGGGCAGCCCCGCAGGUCAAAGCUCCACCGAUCCGGAGGAUAAGGGCUUUGAUCCAGCAACUGUGCCCAGAGAGUGCUGCCGCCAUGAGUUGAGGACCGUACAAAAACGGAUGGCUUGGAAGUUGGGCGACUCUAUCUGUGCGAUUCCAUUGCUCUUCACGUCGCAGAAUUUAGACCUUAGCAAGUCCUUCCAAGUAUCUACCAAGUCAUCUCUGGACGUUGAAGCUGCUAGCCCUGACCGCUGGGGCGGCCUGAGCGGCCCUGCCAGCGGUCCCAGCGGUCCCGGUUGGCUGAUGGCAGUGUCCCUGUCGCCGGAGACGUUGAAUUGGCAUUGCCCUCCAUGGGGUGGUACGGUGCUGGGGCCUAGAUAUGACCGCAAGGCCGUAAAGCCUGGCAUUGUUCAUUUGGGCAUCACGGAUUUCCAUCGAGGGCAUCAAGCCCACUUCAUCAAUGAAAUCCUGGGCUCCAAUGAGGCAGGAUGCUUGAACUGGGGCAUCUCUGCUGUGAGCCUCUCACCGGAUGCCAAGAUGCGGCAUGCGAUGAGAAAGCAGGAUGGCAUGUACACCCUGACAGUUCGAAGUGGUCAGGAGUGUCAGACGCAAAUCAUUGGUGCCUAUUGUGAGCAUCUCUUUGCACCCGAUGAUCAUCGCAAGAUCCUUCAUCGGUUAUGCGCCGCCAGCACUAAGAUCCUUAGCAUUAUGGUCAGCCCGGAGGAACUUCAUUUGGAUGAGAACCAGGAACUUGAUGAAGCAUCUGAAGAUGUGCAGGCAGACUUACAGGCGCUGGAAUGCCACCACCUCGAGGAGCUCUCGGAACGGCCCUUCCGCACGGUGGGCGGGUACCUGGCGGCCACGGCCAUCAUCCGAAGGAUGGAACAUGAGGUGCCCUUGGCGGUGCUUGGUGAUGGUCCUGUGGCAGCAGCAGUGGCGAUGGCCCGGAAAAGCUUUGGCGAUGACCUUGCGGAGUACAUCCAAGCCAAGUGGCGCUUCCCCAAGAUGGUGUGCGAACGUGUGGUGUACCACGUGACUCCGGAUCUUCUUGAGGAAACUCAGAAGAUUUCUGGAGUUGCUGACCGAUGUCCUGUGAUAUGUGAGGACUUCGUACGUUGGGUUGUCGAGGACAAAUUUCCGUCUGGACGGCCCCACUGGGAUGCUGUCUUGAAUGGCGGCUGCCUCUUCGUUCAAGAUGCUGUACCCUUCUCCGAGAUGCAAUCAAAAGUCUUCCAUGGUGCCGGGCAAGCGAUUUGUUAUUUGGGUCUUUUACGCGGCUUUCGUCGUGUCAAAGAUGCAGUAGCCGAUCACAUUGUGAGUGACUUCUUGGGCAAAUAUCUUGCUGUGGUUCUGGAACAUGCCGUCACAGCCCCUGAAGGAUUUGAUUUGGAGAGCUACAAGGAGGAGGUCUACGAGAGACUCCAAGGCAGUGACCAGGAGCUCUACGCCUUGGCCCUGAAUGGCACCCAGCAGAUUGAGACCUGCUGUAUGAGUUGCCUUCCAGCCUUCCCAAAGAUGGAUACAGCUUCAGUCAAGCCGUUGGUUCUGUUGCUGUGCUUCUGGCUGCGCUACAUUGCUGUUGCUGAAGAUGAGAACGAUAUGCCGUUGGAGCAUGCACCCGAUGACAGGCUAGAGGAUAUAGCGCCACUGGCACAAGUGCUGUGGAGAAAUGCGGUGAAGACCAGCAAAGGUGAGGGAGGUGAGACACUACGCAGGCCGCCACCGAGGGAUGAUGCCAAAGCCUUCGUCAGCCACGCCUUUCCGCGGGCGGAGUUGGGGCCAACAGUUUUGGUGGAGGUGAUGGCCAGUCAGAUCGUCGCAUUGAGGGCCAACGAUGUCACCACUUUCAUCACCACCGUGGCACGGCUCUAG